AUGGGUUCCGCAGCUACGGGCAGCUAUGCUCUCUCGCAGACUCAUCGAGAAAUGCUCGAGAAGCCACUGGUCGAGUCGGACCCGGAGAUCGCAGAGAUCAUGAAAAAGGAAAUCAAACGCCAGCGCGAGUCCAUCAUCCUGAUCGCCUCGGAGAACGUCACCUCGCGCGCCGUCUUCGACGCCCUUGGCUCCCCCAUGUCCAACAAGUACAGCGAGGGAUACCCGGGCGCUCGCUACUACGGCGGCAACCAGUUCAUCGACGCCAUCGAACUCACGUGCCAAAGCAGGGCCUUGAAGGCGUUCCACCUGGACCCCGAGAAGUGGGGUGUCAACGUGCAGUGCUUGAGCGGCAGUCCCGCGAACCUGCAGGUGUAUCAGGCGUUGAUGAGACCGCAUGAUCGAUUGAUGGGGUUGGACUUGCCGCAUGGCGGGCAUUUGAGUCAUGGAUAUCAGACGGCGCAGAGAAAGAUAUCCGCCGUCUCAACGUACUUCGAGACUUUCCCCUACCGAGUCAACCUCGAGACCGGCAUCAUUGACUAUGACCGCCUCGAAGAGAACGCCCUGAUGUACCGCCCCAAGUGCAUCGUCGCAGGAACCUCCGCAUACUGUCGCCUGAUCGACUACGCCCGCAUGAAACAAAUCGCAGACAAAGUUGGCGCGUAUCUGAUCGUGGACAUGGCACACAUCUCCGGAUUGAUCGCCGCAGGCGUGAUCCCGAGCCCUUUCGAAUACGCCGACGUGGUCACCACCACCACCCACAAAUCCCUCCGCGGCCCUAGGGGAGCAAUGAUCUUCUACCGCAAGGGCGUCCGCAGCACAGAUCCCAAGACUGGGAAACAAACCCUAUACGAUCUCGAGGGUCCCAUAAACUUCUCCGUCUUCCCUGGUCACCAGGGCGGACCGCACAACCACACAAUCACCGCACUGGCAGUUGCCCUGAAGCAAGCGGCGACUCCGGAGUUCCGUGCGUAUCAAGAGCAGGUGCUCAAGAACGCCAAAGCGCUGGAAACUGAGUUCAAGCACCUGGGGUACAAGCUUGUCGCAGAUGGGACGGAUUCACACAUGGUCCUUUUGGAUCUUCGACCUCAGUCCCUCGAUGGCGCGAGGGUCGAAGCCGUGCUGGAGCAGAUCAACAUCGCGUGCAACAAGAACAGUAUCCCCGGAGACAGGUCGGCUCUUACACCUUGUGGUAUCCGCAUCGGCACGCCCGCCAUGACAUCGCGUGGCUUUGGGGAAGAAGACUUUAAGAGGGUGGCGAGGUACAUCGAUACCAGUAUCAAGCUGUGCAAGAAGAUCCAGUCGGAGCUGCCCAAGGAGGCGAACAAGUUGAAGGACUUCAAGGAGAAAGUAAGCAGCGAGACCGUGGACGAGAUCUUGAAGUUGAGGGCCGAGAUUGCCGAAUGGGCAUCGAGUUUCCCCUUGCCGGUGUAA